GUGUCUGUCUCGCUCUCGCCUCCAAUGCAACUUUUGCAGAAACCCCCAACACACACAGACAUGUUGAGCUGAGAGCUAGGGGGAUCGGCCGAGUCCCCCUUCCCCGACCCCAAAGUCCCAAAUCGGGGGGAGCCUCUUACCACCCCUCCCCUCACCCUUGACCUGUCCACUGUGCAUCGACCCUCCCCACACCUCUUCCACUCCCUGCUCCUUUUUUUGUGGUGUUUUUGUUAGAUGGACAGGAUCAAGGUUGGAUUUUUCUGUCUCUCCCCGAUGAAGUGAGGCGGUGAUGCAGGAGGCUGGCAGCUUCGACUAUACGGAGAGACACAGGCUCAAGAUGGCAGAUUUGUAUUGAGUUUGGGGGGCUGAGAUCUCGCUUCAUUUUUUAAAUGUUUUAAGAUAUUUUUUUUUUUUGCCAUGAAUAACACAUUCUUGCACCGAUGGCCCCUAUGUACGAAGGUAUGGCCUCGCAUGUGCAAGUUUUCUCCCCUCACACCCUUCAGUCAAGUGCCUUCUGUAGUGUGAAGAAACUGAAAGUGGAACCGAGUUCUAACUGGGAUAUGACUGGGUACGGCACACAUAGCAAAGUCUACAGCCAGACCAAGAACGUGCAGUCCUCCCAAGCUGCAGCAGCAGCAGUCAAUGCCUCCCUCCAGAUUCCCAACCCAAGUAUCCCUUAUGAACAGACCAUCAUCUUUCCAGCAAGCACGGGGCACAUCGUGGUGACAUCUGCCAGCAGCACUUCCGGUGUUGUUGCAGUGUCUGGGCAAGCAUUGGGCGGACCUCACAACCUGAUGCGUCGAAGCACUGUGAGCCUUUUGGACACCUACCAAAAAUGUGGACUUAAGCGCAAGAGCGAGGAAAUUGAGAACACAAGCAGUGUGCAGAUAAUUGAAGAGCAUCCACCAAUGAUUCAGAACAAUGCCAGUGGGGCCACGAUAGCCACUGCCACCACAUCCACUGCCACAUCCAAAAACAGUGGCUCCAACAGUGAAGGGGAUUACCAGCUGGUACAACAUGAAGUGCUGUGUUCCAUGACCAACACGUAUGAAGUAUUAGAAUUUCUUGGUCGGGGAACCUUUGGGCAAGUGGUCAAAUGCUGGAAACGUGGCACUAACGAGAUUGUAGCUAUCAAGAUCCUUAAGAACCAUCCUUCCUAUGCCCGACAAGGUCAGAUUGAAGUGAGCAUCCUGGCCCGGUUGAGUACAGAAAGUGCAGAUGACUAUAACUUUGUCCGAGCCUAUGAGUGCUUCCAGCACAAAAAUCACACUUGCUUGGUCUUUGAAAUGUUGGAGCAGAACCUCUAUGAUUUUCUAAAGCAAAAUAAAUUCAGCCCUUUGCCCCUUAAGUAUAUCCGGCCAAUCCUCCAGCAGGUAGCAACAGCCCUAAUGAAGCUGAAAAGCUUGGGACUGAUUCAUGCAGAUCUCAAGCCAGAGAACAUCAUGUUGGUAGACCCAUCCCGACAACCAUACAGGGUCAAGGUCAUAGACUUUGGUUCAGCUAGCCAUGUGUCUAAGGCUGUGUGUUCAACCUACCUUCAAUCCAGAUAUUACAGAGCCCCUGAAAUCAUCCUUGGUUUACCAUUCUGUGAAGCAAUCGACAUGUGGUCCCUGGGAUGUGUUAUUGCAGAGCUGUUCUUGGGCUGGCCUUUAUACCCGGGAGCUUCAGAGUACGAUCAGAUUCGCUAUAUUUCACAGACACAGGGCUUACCAGCAGAGUAUUUGUUAAGUUCAGGGACAAAGACAACAAGAUUUUUCAACAGGGAUACAGACUCACCGUAUCCAUUGUGGAGGCUAAAGACACCAGAUGAUCAUGAGGCAGAGACGGGGAUUAAGUCGAAGGAAGCAAGGAAGUACAUUUUCAACUGUUUGGAUGAUAUGGCACAGGUGAAUAUGACAACGGAUUUAGAAGGAAGCGAUAUGUUGGUGGAAAAGGCAGACCGGCGGGAGUUUAUAGAUCUGUUAAAGAAGAUGUUGACUAUAGAUGCGGAUAAGAGGAUAACUCCGAUUGAAACUCUGAACCACCCCUUUGUCACCAUGACGCACUUGCUUGAUUUCCCCCAUAGCACACAUGUCAAGUCCUGUUUCCAGAACAUGGAGAUUUGCAAGCGGCGGGUGAAUAUGUAUGACACAGUAAACCAGAGCAAGACACCAUUCAUCACCCAUGUGGCCCCGAGCACAUCAACCAACCUGACCAUGACCUUUAACAACCAGCUGAACAGUGUCCACAACCAGGCCACCAACCUGGCUCCCACCUCCACCAGUGCCACUAUUUCCUUAGCCAACCCUGAAGUCUCCAUACUAAACUACCAAUCUGCACUCUACCAGCCUUCAGCAGCAUCCAUGGCCGCAAUGGCCCAGCGGAGCAUGCCCCUGCAGACAGGAACGGCGCAGAUCUGUGCCCGGCCUGACCCCUUCCAGCAAGCCCUCAUUGUAUGCCCUCCAGGUUUCCAAGGGUUACAAGCCUCCCCUUCAAAGCAUGCUGGGUAUUCUGUACGGAUGGAGAAUGCUGUUCCCAUUGUCACUCAGGCUCCUGGGGCCCAGCCUCUUCAGAUCCAGCCAGGUCUCCUCGCACAGCAGGCCUGGCCUAGUGGGACCCAGCAGAUCCUGCUCCCUCCAGCCUGGCAGCAACUGACUGGAGUAGCCACCCACACCUCAGUCCAGCAUGCAACUGUCAUACCAGAGACCAUGGCAGGGACCCAGCCGCUAGCAGAAUGGAGAAACACACAUGCUCAUGGCAGCCAUUAUAAUCCCAUCAUGCAACAGCCUGCGCUUUUAGCUAGUCACGUGACUCUUCCCGCAGCUCAGCCCUUGAAUGUGGGCGUGGCUCAUGUCAUGAGGCAACAGCCAACCAGCACCACUUCUUCCAGGAAGAACAAGCAGCACCAGUCAUCUACGAGAAAUGUGCCUACAUAUGAGGUUUCAUCCUCUCAGGCCAUCAGCUCCCCUCAGCGAUCGAAACGCGUGAAGGAGAAUACCCCCCCUCGCUGUGCCAUGGUGCACAACAGCCCUGCCUGCAGCACUUCUGUCACAUGUGGGUGGGGAGACAUGGCUUCCAGCACCACGCGGGAGCGGCAGCGGCAGACGAUAGUCAUUCCCGACACACCCAGCCCUGCAGUCAGUGUCAUCACUAUCAGCAGUGACACAGAUGAAGAAGAAGAACAGAAACAUGCACCCACCAGCACCCUGUCCAAGCAAAGAAAAAACGUCAUCAGCUGUGUCACAGUGCACGAUUCGCCCUACUCUGAUUCCUCCAGCAACAACAGCCCCUAUUCAGUGCAACACCGUGGGCCACACAGUAAUGGGAACACCUAUGAUACAAAAGGGGUACCAGAGACCCACUGCAGCGGGAACCCCCGAACUAUAAUCGUGCCACCGCUGAAAACCCAAGCCAGUGAGGUGUUGGUAGAAUGCGAUAGCCUGAUACCAGUCACUACCAGUCAUCACUCAUCCUCCUACAAGUCCAAGUCCUCCAACAUUGUGACCUCCACCAGUGGUCACUCUUCAGGGAGCUCGUCUGGAGCCAUUGCCUAUAGGCAGCAGCGGCCAGGACCACAUUUCCAGCAGCAGCAGCCUCUUAAUCUCAGCCAGGCCCAGCAGCACAUCACGACUGAUCGCACAGGGAGUCACCGGCGACAGCAAGCCUACAUCACUCCAACAAUAGCUCAGGCUCCGUACUCCUUCCCACACAAUAGUCCCAGCCAUGGUACGGUCCACCCCCACCUGGCUGCGGCAGCAGCGGCUCACCUCCCCACCCAGCCCCACCUCUACACAUACACCGCUCCCGCUGCUCUGGGCUCCACAGGCACUGUUGCUCACCUGGUGGCCUCCCAAGGGUCUGCUCGUCAUGCUGUGCAACACACCACUUACCCGGCCAGCAUUGUCCACCAGGUUCCUGUCAGCAUGGGCCCUCGGGUUCUGCCAUCACCCACCAUCCACCCAAGUCAGUACCAGGCUCAGUUUGCCCAUCAGACCUAUAUCAGUGCUUCACCCGCUUCCACAGUCUACACUGGAUACCCGCUGAGCCCCACCAAGGUCAACCAGUACCCUUACAUCUAAACACUGGAAUGAGAGAGAGAGAGAGAGACCUGCAAAGAGGGAGUGAGGUGGCUGUUUUUAUACUGAAGAACAUGACAAACAAUGCAAUGGGAGGCUCACUUGAAACUUGAACGAAGGAGAUUUUAAGGGAGAAAUGAGAAAGGAAAGAAGGAAAGAACUAAUUCUACACUUUUUAUUUAAAAAAAAAAAAGAAAAAGGAAAAAA